ACAACAGGUCAGGCCGGAGUGAAUCAGCUGGGGGGAGUGUUCGUCAAUGGCAGACCUCUUCCAGAUUAUGUACGUCGCCGAAUUGUAGAACUAGCUCUAAUGGGUGUCCGGCCCUGUGACAUAUCUAGACAAUUGCUCGUCUCUCACGGAUGUGUUUCCAAGAUAUUGACACGCUUUUACGAGACUGGCUCCAUCAAACCUGGUUCCAUUGGAGGGAGCAAACCUAAACAAGUGGCAACUCCUCAUGUUGUGAGAAAAAUUCUCCGAUACAAGCAAGAGAAUCCAUCGAUCUUUGCAUGGGAGAUUCGAGAUCUUUUACGAAAUCAGAGAGUAUGUGACGACACCUCCAUCCCUUCUGUUUCUUCUAUUAAUAGAAUACUCAGGAACAGUGGACAUGUUGUUCUCGAUGAACCUCCCCCUCCCGUUGGAGCUCAGUCUUCAUCGUUUCCAUCUUAUCUACUUCCGCCAAAUAGCCCACCAGCUUCGAACCCCGGACCUUCAAAAGCGAAGAGUUCUAGCGGAGGAUAUUCCAUCGAAGAAAUACUGAAACCCACAAGGCUAAAAAAAAGGGAAGCCGGUGGAGAAUCCAAAAGUGAUACAACAGAAGAUGCAUCACCUUCCAAAAUAUCAAGACUGCAAAUUCCUGAUUUAAUGAAUCCCGCUGAUUUCGGAAGUGCGUCAACACUCAUGGCCAGACCUUACCUAUUGAAUGCCGCAGCAACACCUUCUCUGCAGUGCUGGACAGCUUCCGCCUUCUCAUUUCCCAGACUAGUUCCAAUGACUUUUCCGUGUCCUACGCAUCCCUUCACGCAACUCCAUCUGCAACACGAGGACAGAAUUCGAACCCAGAUGAUUAAAACGCCAGCUCACACUUUCGAGAAUUUGACCAAUCAGUGAAUGACUAUGUUUGCCAACUAAUGAACUAUUUUUUAAGAAACUGUGAAAACUUUGACUUUCAAGAAAGUUUUGAGUGCCAUUGCUUAUAUGAAAUAACAUUACAAUUAACAAUUAACAUUACAAUU